ACCCCUUCUCUUCUCCUCAUAUUCCUCCUCACCUUUUCAUACGAAACUGGUUUUCUGUGAGGCUUCAUCCUGGCCGGCACUAUUCCAGCCAAAGGGGAAGAGGACUUCCUCACACUGGCCGCUUCGCGGCUCAGCCGCAGGAAACGUGUAAUAGGAGCUGCUGUUGGUGUUGCAAUGGUUCUGCUUCUCUUGGUGGCCAUUCCCCUGUUGGUCCACACUACCAAAGGGGGCAACAGUGGAGCAGGGAGCCAUUAUGAAAUGCUUGGAAGCUGCAGGAUGGUAUGUGAUUCCUACGCUACAUCUCAGCCAGGCCAGGAGCUGACAGCUGUGUCUCCACCACCCCAGGAUUACUCUGGAAAGAAGAUAAAGUCUGGGAUUCGAGGGCCUCCAGGGAACCCUGGCCCUCCAGGAGAGCGUGGACCUCCUGGAGAACCAGGCAAACCAGGGCCACAAGGUCCACCAGGUCCAGGCCCUGGAGGCUAUUCUCCCUCCAUCUACACACCCAAAAUUGCCUUUUAUGCAGGGCUUCGCAAGCAGCAUGAAGGCACUGAAAUACUGAAGUUUGAUGAUGUGGUGACCAAUGUAGGUAACUACUAUGAGCCAAGCACUGGGAAGUUCACCUGCCCUCUGCCUGGCAUCUAUUUCUUCACCUACCAUGUUCUAAUGAGAGGUGGUGACGGGACCAGCAUGUGGGCAGACCUGAAGAAGAAUGGACUGGUAAGAGCAAGCGCCAUCGCUCAGGAUGCUGAUCAGAAUUACGACUACGCCUCCAACAGCGUGAUCCUGCAUUUGGAUGUUGGCGAUGAGGUGUGCGUGCAGCUGGACGGAGGGAAGGUCCACGGAGGAAACCAGAACAAGUACAGCACGUUCUCCGGCUUCCUCAUCUACCCAGACUGAAUCUAAUCAAAAGAGUGAGGAGUGUGAAAAAAAGAAAAAAGAAAAAAAAUACCAACAUACAAAUAUAAACA